GCGCCCGCAUUGGACCUCGGGUUCCAGCGCCAGGCCCCGGAUUGGCUCCGCCUGUGCAGAUCCCGCCUUCCUGUCGGUAUCCCGGGAGGGCGACUCGGAGGCGAAGGCGCCGCUCCAUUGGUCGCUUCUCGGGGCCGCCGGUGACUGAGAGGCGGACCGCCCGCCCGCCUGCCUGCCUGCUCGCUCUCCCCGGCGGCUCCGGCCGGAGUUCUCCCUCGCCUCGCCCCGUGAGCCCAAGCUGCCUCCUCGGCUGACGGCCCUGCAUCCUGCGCGGCGGCGACGGCGGCGCCCGCCCAGCCCUGUCCGAAACCUCCUUCGGCUUCCCUCGAGGGACGGAGCGAGCGAGCGAGAUUGGAAGAUGAAUAAUCUUUCGUUUAGUGAACUGUGCUGCCUAUUCUGUUGUCCACCAUGUCCAGGAAAGAUCGCUUCCAAACUGGCAUUUUUGCCCCCAGAUCCUACAUACACAUUGAUGUGUGAUGAAAGUGGGAGUCGCUGGACUCUACACCUUUCUGAACGAGCAGACUGGCAAUAUUCCUCUAGAGAAAAAGAUGCCAUUGAAUGUUUUAUGACUCGAACCAGCAAAGGUAACAGGAUUGCCUGCAUGUUUGUGCGUUGUUCCCCUAAUGCCAAGUAUACUCUGCUCUUUUCACACGGAAAUGCCGUUGACCUGGGCCAAAUGAGCAGCUUCUACAUAGGACUUGGUUCACGGAUUAACUGCAACAUAUUUUCAUAUGAUUAUUCUGGAUAUGGAGCAAGUUCCGGAAAACCAACCGAGAAGAAUUUAUAUGCUGACAUCGAUGCUGCUUGGGUAGCUCUUAGAACAAGGUACGGCAUCCGCCCUGAAAAUGUGAUUAUAUAUGGACAAAGUAUAGGAACGGUGCCAUCUGUGGAUCUCGCUGCUCGUUAUGAAAGUGCUGCUGUAAUUCUUCAUUCUCCUCUGACCUCUGGAAUGCGUGUAGCUUUUCCUGAUACCAAGAAGACCUACUGCUUUGACGCAUUUCCAAACAUUGACAAGAUCUCUAAAAUUACAUCCCCGGUGUUAAUAAUCCAUGGGACUGAAGAUGAAGUGAUUGACUUUUCACAUGGCCUAGCAUUGUUUGAGCGCUGCCAAAGACCCGUUGAGCCACUGUGGGUAGAAGGGGCAGGACACAAUGAUGUUGAGCUUUAUGGACAGUACCUUGAAAGAUUAAAACAGUUUGUAUCACAGGAACUGGUGAAUUUGUAAAUUGCUGCAUAUAUUAUUUGCUGUUGAAUUUCAUGGCAGAACUGUAGAUCUUUAUAGCCACAGCAUAAAACCUGAUGGUUUUGUUUUCAGAUUGGGUCAGUUGCCUUCAAGCAUGUACAGGUAAUGUUUGGAAACAUAAUUAAUGAAGAUUUUAAUACCAGUAUUAGCUGGAACUGUGGAUGUUGGGGACAAGUUUGUGUAGCUCAUCUAUUUUUUGCAAGUUUUCUUAGACUAAUGCAUAAGUCAAUUUGAAAGUUUUUCUUAAGAUGUACAAAAACCAUAGAAAAGAAGAAAAAAAAUUAAUUAUGUAAAAUCAAAUGCUGUAAAAGUGUUGCCAAAUGCUUUAGCAUAUCAAACAAGUUUAUAUACAAUAUUUUUAAAACAUCUCGAACUGUACUGUGAUCUACUCUGUUGCACAGGUAUAAUUGAAGCAGUUGUAAAAUAUAAAUAGCCAUUAUAUUUGAAGGAAUAGGAAAAAGGAAAAACAACCACUGGAAUUUACAGGCCCUAUUAUAUAGGGAGCAAGUCAAAACAUGUGUUUUAUUAUCUUUCAUGUCUUGUUCUCAAUGUUUUUCUCUUUUCCUGAAUGACUAAUGGCGAAAAAUGCGUAUUUAGCCAUUUGUGUCGCUCUGAAAGGCACAAAAUUGUGAUUUUUAGAACUACUCCUGUUAACAGGGUACAUAUUAAAACAACUAAACACAGUGGUUUCUCUGAAAUCGGUAUGAAAUACGAAUAUCAUUGUUAAGUGGCCAUUUUGGAAAUCAUCAUGUAAAGAAACAGAACUUGGAUAAUACUAAACUAAUAUUUCCUCUAACUUUUUUGUAUUGGCAAACAUGCAAAGUUGCAGUUGUCAUUUCAGAUUUGAUUUGAAUGUUUGUAAGUGUAGGACUAAUUGUUUCAAUUAUUAUGAAAUACCUACUAAUGUACUCCUAUAUAGUGAAAUGAAUGUUGACACCUCAUAGUAAAAAAAAGUUGCCUUUCCCUUGAAUACAUUUUUGCUUGAAUAAAAUAUAAAAUAGACCUAAAAUGUAGCCUAAUUUGUAAACAAAGUAAUACUCAAACCACACUGUGCUUCUCAUUUUAAAGCCUUACAUAGUUUACUUGUUCGACUCAUUUUUGUGAUUGUCUGGGGGAAAUGUAUUCUGUAUUGUGAAUGCCUAGAUUCUGAUAUGUUUAACUCAAAUAACAGAAAUUCCACACACUUGAUGCUGAGCUUUUCCUGCAAAGCAUAAACAGCAAAGUUCCUGACAUAGCACAAUUCCCUAUGUGACUAAAACAUCUUGCCCAAAUCUGCUGCUUCCAUUAUCUUGACCUCUCUUUCUCCAGCUCUUUGCUAUUUUCAUAAUCCAUUUCUACUUGAGAGACUCAGCUUGUCUCAGGAUACACUUUGCUUAAAAGAAGUCAUGCUAGCUUCUAAUUAAAGCUUAGAGUAGCUUUAAUGUUUUCAUAAAUGAAGGAGUAGACACAUUAAGUAUACAAGGGUAAAUGAUUUAUGGCUUGCCACAGUGGGUGGCAAAUAUGCCAAAGUUACUGGGUUGGAUUCAGAGGUGUAUCCUAUUGGUCCGCCCCACUGUAUUUAAACAAACAUCAUGCAAUAUAGUAACACAUUGUGCCCCUCCCCAAUAAACGGAACAAAUUAUGCCAUGAUCUCCGUCCUUGUUGCAGGCAGUCCCUCUGUUCCACCUGCAUCACACUGAAGUUGUCCCUUGACUAUGUGGAGGAGAGUCAGUUGUAGCAGGGGGGGGGGGCAAAGCAAGCAGACAGCAUCUAUGAACUGACCUGGAGUUGUGCUAGUUGAGCUAAAAACUUUCUGCUGUUGCUAAUUGAUAGAACACACAUUCUGUGCUUAAGAUUUUAUAGGUGCCAUCAUGAUUCUGUUUGUUAAAUAAGUUGAGACCACAAAUUAGAAAUGUAUGCACUAGCGUAGCAUCAUACUCUUUGAGGUAGUUUGACUCGACAUAUAAUGUUAUGUGCCUAUGUAAAUUUUGGCUUACAAUACUGCAAAAUAUGCAUACAUUCAUAUUAGUUUGGCCUUUGAAAGUGUCACUAAACUUACUGGAGCUGUGAAAGUUGAGGUUUUGUAGCUUGAUAAGGGACUAUAAGGGACGCGGGUGGCACUGUGGUCUAAACCACAGAGCCUAGGGCUUGCUGAUCAGAAGGUCGGCGGUUCGAAUCCCCGCAACAGGGUGAGCUCCCGUUGUUCAGUCCCGGCUCCUGCCCACCUAGCAGUUCGAAAGCACAUCAAAGUGCAAGUAGAUAAAUAGGUACCACUCCGGCGGGAAGGUAAAUGGAGUUUCCAUGGGCUGCUCUGGUUUCGCCAGAAGCAGCUUAGUCCUGCUGGCCACAUGACCCGAAGUUGUCUGUGGACAAACGCCGGCUCCCUCGGCCAGUAAAGCGAGAUGAGCGCAGCAACCCCAGAGUCAUCCAUGACUGGACCUAAUGGUCAGGGGAACCUUUACUCUUUUAACUAUACAGUACAGGUAUUUCUUUACUCUUCUGCACUAGUGAAAUCAAAAUGUUUGGUUAUUCUUUACUGAAAGCAGAAAUCUAUUUAAUCCUCAAUCUCCACCUUCUCUCCUGUGUCUUGCUUAAACAUUCAGCGCUGUGGGUUAAACCACUGAGCCUAGGGCUUGCUGAUCAGAAGGUCGGCGGUUCGAAUCCUCAUGACGGGGUGAGCUCCCAUUGCUUGGUCCCAGCUCCUGCCAACCUAGCAGUUCGAAAGCACGUCAAAAUGCAAGUAGAAAAAUAGGAACCGCUACAGUGGGAAGGUAAACGGCGUUUCCAUGUGCUGCUCUGGUUUGCCAGAAGCGGCUUUGUCAUGCUGGCCACAUGACCUGGAAGCUAUACGCCGGCUCCCUUGGCCAAUAAUGCGAGAUGAGCGCGCAACCCCAGAGUCGGUCACGACUGGACCUAAUGGUCAGGGGUCCCUUUACCUUUACCUUUUUAGUUCUAGAGAAGCUCUGCUAAAUUUUCUUCUAUCUGGUCACUGUCAGAAAUCCAUCCCUCAAACAUCAUUCCUCAAAUUGUUUUUAUCCAGAUGCCCUGUUUUGAUAUGAGGGGGCAAUUGGCUCAGUUAAUUGCUGAGAGAAAGCUUACCGGUUGACUUUCACCUCAGAUUAGUACAAGACAUAUACGACUGUGUUCUUUGUUUUCUGUUUGUCUUGGGUAUGUUUCAGAACCUUAAUAGUUUUUCACAUGAAAAGCUGCUCCAAUAAAACUCAACUUAAUUCCAAAGUACACCUUCACAGAAACUUACAUUUAAUCCAGGGGUUGUUUUAUUUUUUAAAAUGAAGUAAAAUCAGGGCAGCGAUAUAGGUGGCCAUAUGAUAGCUUUAGAGCUAACCAGGGUUGGUAACUUAACUUUGCUAGUCUACAUGUGAAAUCAACAUUUGUCUUUGGGUAAAGCAGCUUGUAAAUUCAUGGUAGGGCUACAGUUGUAUUGUUAAUAUAUAACUUAUAGUUGUAUAGGAAGCUAGUUGUGUAGGAAGCUAACUUUUAUUAUGUCCACACUACCCCACAUUUCCGAUUGUAGCUGUGACGAAUGGGAAAAUUUACCUCAUUGUACAGCUUGAUGCUACAGACAGCCACCCCCCUGGUUGGUGCUGCAUUACAGUGACUUUAUAAGUGGCUGCUGUGUAGCAUUGUCCUCUCUCCUGUCCAUCCUUGAGGGUGUUGUGGGCAAAAUGAUCCAUUUUUAUCAGCUAGUAAAGAGGCAGGCUGCAGCCUCUGGAUGCGGUUGGCCGGCAGAUAGUAAUUGUUAGUGUGAAAAAGCAUUAAUAUACUUCUCCCCCCCCCCCUUUAUAUUCAGAGAAGUAUGAUGUGCUUUGCCAUGUCAGGACUAAUUCCUAAUGAUUUAACAAACUUGGGACAUGCCCAACAUAUUAGCUGUGGAAACAUUGAUGCAACCUAGUAAUCUAGGUUAGUAAUCUAGACUACCAUAAUAUACCUUUUGAAAAUACUGUAAAUAAAUUCAAAUUUGCUUAUCCUUAGUAGAAUCAAAUUAUGCUACUCAAAACACAUUUUGCACAAGGCAUUUGAGAGGGGAGGGGAUUGGGGAUGGGCUUUUGGUCAAGAGCGGUAAGUAUGGCUUCUAAAAAUGUAUUUGCAGUAGGGCUCUGCAUGGGCAUUAAAGCCGACAUACACUCCAUAGAUCCAAGUAAGGCUUGAUGCUCCUUCUGUACUGAUACUUUUUAAAUAUAUACACUAUAGGGCUGCUAGUGGCAACUGGGAUAACUUUUGCAAAUGACCACUGCAUCUUUUCACUUUCAAGUGAAAAGGUAUUGGCCAGAAAAAGCUUGUCAUCUUUAUUUUAGGAUUGGUGCUAAAAAGCAGUAUGAACUGCUUGCAUUGUCUGUAGAAACAUUAGAUUAGGAGAUUCAUUUCAUUCCUGUGCAUUACAAGCUUGGCAACUCUUGGUGUUCAUGAUUUUGGGGGGAUGAAGGUGGCUGAGUUGGAUCCUAUAGCCUGAGAACAAAAUGGGCACAUGAUCUGCGACUUCAGGCUGAGCACUACCUCAAACUGGUCUGGUUACUUAGGGAUAUUUGAGACCCUCACAACUGAAAGUGAGCUUAGAAUACAAUUAUGGAAGUGUUGCUUUAGUAAAGAGGAUAAUCUAAUGUUUCUACAGGCAAUGCAAUGAAUUAUCUGAAAUGGAAACUAUGUGCAUUGACUUAAAUCUAAACCAUGUUAAUGCUACUAAUGUUUUGCUUGUGUUAUUUCUCUUCUCUCAAGAUUCGGUUUAUCUAAAUUUGGGUCUAAGCUUUACCCACUGUUAACUGUUUAAACAUUCUGCUGAUUAUUGUACAUGAAGACAACUCAAAGACAACACAAAUAAAGCCUAUCUUUUGACUAUUUCCUUGUUUCAACAUUUUUGUUGUGAUUCUUUACAGUUUUACAGAAACUGAUUGGAGCAAAUGUUCAUGAGAUCAUACAUUUAUUGCCUAUUCGCCAGUGGAUGCUAAAGGUGUAUUAGUAAAAACAUUAUUUAGAAUAUGAAGAUGAAUUUGGUUUUUGCUACCUAGGAAUUAGCAAAUCAAAUUUUCAUUUCAUACCUGUAAUAUAUAAAGUCUAUACAAAAAAUACCAUCUUUUGCUCUGUCGUGGAAGCAUAUAAGUAUAGUAUAAGUACCCAUGCCAUGGCUGAUGUAAGGUUGUAUAUGUCAGAGAUGAGCGGUCUCUGGCCCUCCAGACAAUGGACUAUGAUUUGCAUAAUCGGUGAUCAUUUGCCACAUGGGCUGGGGCUGAGGAGCACUGAGGACUCCCAACAGUAUAGGGAGGGCCACAGGUUUCUUAUUUCUAUCACUGUAUUUGUAGUUGAAAUCUGUUUCUGCAGGAUUAGCAGCAUAGCAAUGCGGGUGAUGCUGUGAUCUCUAAACCACCGAGCCUCUUGGGCUUGCCAGUCACAAGAUCAGCAGUUUGAAUCCCUGUGACGGGGUGAGCUCCUGUUGCUCUGUCCCAGCGUCUGCCAACCUAGCAGUUCGAAAGCAUACCAGUGCAAGUAGAUAGGUACUGCUGCAGCAGGAAGGUAAACGGCAUUUCUGUGUGCUCUGGCACUCAUCAUGGUGUCCUGUUGUGCCAGAAGUGGUUUAGUCCUGCUGGCCACCUGACCCAGAAAGCUGUCUGUGGACAAAUGCUGGCUCCCUUGGCCUGAAAGCAGAGAUGAGCGCCACCCCACAUAGUCAAAUUUG